AAAGGUUAAACAAAUCCCGGAUUUUUUCCGGAAAAUUUAUUUAAACAAUUUUCUGUAUUUUUAAAAUAUGACUAGUAUGAUCUAAGUAGGAUUGAAGAAUGGCAGAAUAAGUAAACAUAUUUUAUUGGACACCAAGCUAAGAAAUAUUUUGCAUUUAAAUCAGUGGAGUAGUACGCAAAAUGUAAUAAAUUGGUUUAAAGAUAUCAAUGAAACAUCAAAAUGACACAAAAUGAUAUAUAUUUUAAAAAGUAUAAAAACAUCCUUGAUUGCCAAGAGUUCAAGUUAAAAUUUAGCGAAAGUGUUGGUGUAGAUUGGAAAACUCUUGGAUGUUGGUUAAAUAUUGAAGACAAUUACUUAGAAAUAAUUGAUCAAGAUAAUGUUAAAACUGAACGGAAAGCAUAUUUAAUGUUGAAUAAAUGGAUGCAAAUAAAUAAAGAUCCAACGCUUGAGGUUUUAAAAACAGCCUUAAGAGAUAUGAAAAGAAUGGAUUUAAUAAGAAAAAUUAAGGAAUUCUCAGAGUCUUCAAAUUCAUCUGAAAUUGCUAGCAGAUUUUAUGUCAAGCAAGAUUCUUCAAAUGAGUCUGUUAAACUAAAAAAAUUUUAUCUUGAAAAUUAUGGGACAAUUAAUGAACUUCAACCACCAUUAAAAGCACCUGCAAAUGUUGAUCUAAUACAUAAAUUUGUUGAUCUAUGUAUUGUUGAUGCAGUUAGUACUCAAAUGGAUGCUGUUUAUGGUGUUGAAAUAAACGAUUAUCUUGAAAAGCAAAUGGGUUAUACACCCAUUCCAUACAAUGAUAUAUUUAUUAAAGAAAAAUCUUCAAUCUUAAUAUCUGGAAUAGCUGGUAUUGGAAAAACGUGGUUGCUUAGAAAAUGUUUACUUGAUUGGUCCAAUGAUUUAAUUUGGAGAAAUAUUGAUCUUUUAUUUUAUUUUGAAUGCCGAAGGAUUAAUCAAUAUCAAAACAUUUCUAAUAUUAAUGAAUUGAUAAAUGUUUUCUACAAAGAUUUUUUAAAUGAAAUUAAUAUUAGUAAUCAUAGAGUACUGUUUAUUAUUGAUGGAUUAGAUGAGUUUAAAUAUUUAAAUGAAUUAAUAAAUCCAAGUUUGAGUUGUAGCUACCCAAUUGUAAAUGCUUUGGUAGAAAUUAAAAAAUACAAAUAUGUAAUUGCAGGUAGAGUUUAUGCAAUUGAUUAUUAUCAAAGUAUAUCCACUGAGCAUAAUAAGUUAACCAUUCAAAUAAUGGGAUUUAAUGAAAAUGGAAUAAAUGAUUAUAUAGAAAAUAAUGUUAUUGAAGAAAAAAAAGAACUUGUAAAAACAACUUUGAAGGAUUCUCCAAUUGCAAAAGCCAUGGCAUCUGUUCCGUUUUAUUUAUCUUCAAUGUGUAAAAUUAUUAGUGAUUCAACAAAUAGAAAUAAAAGUUCUUUCUUAACAAUGACAGACUUGUAUGCAAAUAUUUUUUUAUACUUUUUGCAAAAACACAUCAUCAAAAAUAAUGAAUUGAUUUAUCAGAUAAUGGAAAACAAUUCUAACAAAAAAUAUAUUUUAAAUAUUUGUAAAAUUGCAUAUCAAUUGUUUAUUAAAAAUAAAGUAAUUUUUUCAAGAGAAGAAAUUCAAACUUUGAUCAGUGACUUUGAUAAAGAUGAAUGUAAUCUUUUUGGAUUUAUAGAAAGGAUUGAAACAAAUCUGGGGUAUCAUUAUCAGUUUGCACAUUUGACAAUAAUGGAGUUCUGUGCAUCUGUAUAUGCUUACAAUAGUUUUAGUAAUAAAGAGAUUAUGAACAAUAAAAAGCUGAAGAGUUGUUUAUCAAUGAUUUGCGGAUUAAAUAAUAAAAACGAAAAUAAUUUAUUAAAGUUUCUUGCUAACCUGAAUCCUUCGAACAAAUCUUUUUUUCAUAAGGUUUAUUCAAAAAGAAAAAAAACCCAUACAAAGAAAUCUUUGCUUGGUAACCUUUGUAUUGAACUUCCUGAUGAUAACGAAAAGUUAUUCAUUAAAUGUUUUUAUGAAAGUCAAUCGAUGUUUACAGAUGAAAUAAAGUCAUUCGUCAACAAUAAAUGGUUGAAAGUUUCAAUUGACGAUGGAAAAACCUCAUACCAAACUUCAUGCGCAAUUUAUUUUGUAAAUCAUUUAAUAAACUCAGGAGGGAAGUUAAUGUCGUUAAGUGUUCGUAAAAAUAAUUUAAGUGAUGAAGAAAAAAAGCUUCUAGUUAAAUGUUUAACUAAUGUUUGCGAAGUCUACUUUUAUCAACCAACUAAGUUCGAUGGAUGGAAACCAAAAGACAAACUUAAUUGUUUAACAAUGUUUAUUUCAAAUUAUUUAAUAUCAAAGAAAGAUUUUGAAGACAAUAUUCUUCCGUGGUUUAAUCUUUGUGAGGAACUAGUUCUUGACCUACAUGACAACAUCGAUUUUAUUGAAGAUAUUCACGAGUGGAUUCGUUUUUCUAAUAUCAAGGACGUGUCAAUCAAGUACUGCAAAAAAUAUUAUGGAUUAGAAAAUAUUAUAAAGCGGAAAAAUUUAAUAUCUUAGGUAUAUAAACAUUUUUUUAUAUAUACAAAUUAACUUCAAUAUAAUAGUUAAUUAAUGAUUUUUAAAGCAUAAGAAACAGAUAGUCCGGUCACUUCUCGGUGUAGUUAAAGCGAUUUACAAAUUAUUCGAAUUCUUUUUUUUGAAAUUUGCAUGGUCUUAUUAGCGUAUUAUGUCCAAACAUAAGCUUUACAUGUUAUAAUUUUUUUUUGCUUUAGGUUUUUUUAAUAUUUAAAGAAACAUUUUUUUUUAUAUACAUAAUUUUCAAAACCUUUUUACUACCCCUGAUAGCAAAUCUAAAGAACAUCAUUUUAGAGUCUUUAGUUUAAUUUCGCUCAUCAACAGAAACAAGACCUUAGAGCAAUUCAAGAACGAAUCAAAAAGAUUAUUAUUGUUUAGGGAAUUUAAUUUUUUCCGACUUUAAAUGUUUCUUUUAAAGUAAGCUCAAAACAGAUUUAUUUAUACCAAUGAAAUUUAAGUGAUGAUGUUCAAAAUUCAUCUAAUGAUUAUGUUAAUUAUGUAAUUUUACAUUUAUUUUUUUUUUGAAAAUUUUUGUUUAAGUGUUCUUAUAUAUUUUAGCGGUUGUAAGCAUUUUAACACUUCUUAAUUAUUUGCUAUUUUGAAUUUCUUUAAUAACUUAGUUAUUUUCUGAUUUAAUUCUGAUUUAUAUCUUUGUAUAUAUUUGUAUGUUACGGUUAUGCAGAUUUUUUUUAUAUAUAAGGGGCCCGGCGAUAAGGCAAAAUGUACCUUCUUCUUGCUACAGCCAUUAAUUUCAAUAAAUGUA